CUGACCUAACCUAAUCUGAUCUCUAACCUAAAAACAAUCUUUAUAUAGCUACAAAUAUUCUAAGAGCCUCAAAGUAAUUGACGGCGCGAUAGUGGAAGAGCUACCAAACCACAACAAAUCUAAAAAUAACAGUAGUAAAGCAAGUUUGAAUCAAAUGUUUGAAAUGAAAAGUUAUUUUAUACGUUAAGAGCAGUUUAUUGAACAUUCUAUUAAAAUAUUACGUUACGGGACAAAAAGAAUAAGUCAAAUUUUAAUAUUAUGAAGGAGACAGUAAACGAUUUAAGUAAUACUAUGAACGAGGAGCAUAUCCAUGGAAAUGGAGAGACAAUUGUUCCUGAAGAAUCUCCUGCAAAACAGAAGUUGAAAGGAUGGCUAAAUCGACAUUUGCGAAUUGAAAUGACUGAUGGAAGGGUUUUAAGAGGAGCAUUUCUAUGUACUGAUCGUGAUGCCAAUGUUAUUCUUGGCUCAUGUACUGAAUUUCUCUCCACAGAACAUACUGAAGCCAGAGUAUUAGGUUUAGUAAUGGUACCUGGUCGACAUAUUGUUUCAAUAUAUCUGGAUGCUUAAAAAGAUCACUUUUAUUUUU